AAUGAGCCUCACGCGUCUGCGCCAUGCCCAAGUGCUUACGGAAACUUUACUCGAAACAUUGAACAAUCAGGAACAACGGGUUCAUGAUUCAAGAAAGAUAUUCCUCUGGGUAUAUGAUCUUCACUGUCUCUCUUCGUUCUUUCCCUUCUGUUCUUGCCUCGCCCUCUUCCACGGCUUCGUGUUAACACACUGGUACCGUCAAUAUGAGAUUUUCAGAUGUCAUCAAGGUAGUCAUACCCAUCAUCACUCUUCAACUCCAUGGAGCUGCAGCCGCCACUAAUACUACGGUACCCCACACAUAUGGCAUCGUACUCUUCCGCAUGUUCGACCUGCUGGAUGUUCAUGGACCCAUUGAAAUCCUCCAGUUCUUGAGCGGACUGUACAAGAUCGAUAUCGCCCUGAUUGCUGAGACCAUGGAUCCGGUCACCUCGGAACCAUCAAUGGCCUCGAUGAACCCGUUCAAUUCUUCUGUGUACCCUGUGCUUCCACCUACGCAUACUUUCGAAACGGCACCAGAACUGGACGUCUUGAUUCUUGCCGGUGGUCCUGGCUGGCGUAAUCCCACCCUCAAUGCUACAUUAGACUACAUCGCAAGGAUAGCACCCAAUGUCAAACAGGUUCUCACGAUCUGCACUGGCUCGGCUCUGGCUGCAAGGGCUGGCAUUUUGAACGGCAGGAAAGCAACAACGAACAAGACCUCAUGGCCAAAUGCCGUGAAGGCAGGACUCAACACGACUUGGGUGCCCCAUGCACGUUGGGUGGAGGAUGAGUCCAGUUCGCCUCACAUCUGGAGCUCCUCGGGGGUGACAGCAGGUCUUGAUCUCAUGCUGCACUGGGUGGAGCAGACUUACAGCGAGGAGAACGCGACAUACAUCGCCAACAUUCUGGAGCAUCAAAGGAUCACAGACCCGAGCUUUGAUCCUUUCGCGAGAAACGAGACGGCGGUCAGUCAGAUCAUCCUUCAAUCAUGAGCACCUUGUAGUACCGUCUCCAUGGGGCCGAUCGCUUGUGGGCUACACGAGAACACACGUUUGCUCUGUGUGACUGUGUCUCGGGCAUUACCACGUGGAGAACCAGUUAGAUCAAUACUAGAAGUAAAGAGCAGCAUGCGCUUGAAGACAAUGAGGCAGCAAACAUUAUCAAAUCUCAU